GAAGUUCCUUUCUCUUGGUGGGCAACUGAAUUCCACAUGAGAUUAACCUAAGAGUGAAAUCCAGCGAUCAUCACUAACGAUCUACUUAACCUGCUAAAUUUCUUCUGUUCCUCGAACACCCUCCCUGGUCUGUAUUCCUUUUCCGUUUCCCCCUUCUCGUUGUCCCUUUCCUCUGUGCUUUACUCACCUCCUGGCCUGUCCCCCUCUCCGGCUCUCCCCUUCGCCCAUCGCAAUAAAAACAAAUCAAUAAUAGAGAGGAGGUAGCAACAGAGGCUGCUUAAUCUCUUCCUCUUAUCUGCAAAAGCUCGUCUGAAGAGGCGGAGAGGAGCGGCAAAUUCUUGUCUUUGCCCAAGAUGUCUUCUCCAAGCAAGCGCCGGGAGAUGGACCUCAUGAAGCUGUCAGGAUCUUGGGGUGUUUCAGAGAUUUUCCUUUGGGAUUUUGAUGGGGAUUCCUUGAUCCGGAUUUCUGUGACUGUUGAUGCUUGCAGGAUGAUGAGCGACUACAAGGUGGAGAUGGUGAAUGAUGGGAUGCAGGAGUUCUUUGUUGAAUUCCGUGGGCCUAACGAAAGCAUUUAUCAAGGAGGUGUAUGGAAGGUUAGAGUAGAAUUACCAGAUGCAUAUCCUUACAAAUCUCCAUCAAUUGGUUUCAUCAAUAAGAUAUAUCACCCAAAUGUUGACGAGAUGUCUGGUUCGGUCUGUUUGGAUGUCAUCAACCAGACAUGGAGCCCAAUGUUUGAUCUUGUCAAUGUGUUUGAGGUCUUCCUUCCGCAACUGCUACUAUAUCCAAAUCCUUCUGAUCCGUUAAAUGGAGAUGCUGCUGCGCUGAUGAUGCGUGAUCGCGCUGCUUAUGAACAAAAAGUGAAAGAAUACUGCGAAAAAUAUGCCAAACCAGAGGAUGCUGGUGUAAUCCCAGAAGACAGGUCCAGUGACGAAGAGCUGAGUGAAGAUGAAGACGACUCCGGUGACGAGGAGAUACUGGGCAAACCAGACCCGUAGUCAAGUUGGAACGUAUUUCCCCGACUAAUUCGAAAACAAUGUUUAUUGCAGCAACUGCAACUAAACAUAUUGCAGCAACUGCAACUAAACAGUUUCUGAAUGUCUCAGUGAAGUCUGAAUGCCAUGUAAAUAAAGUGCAGUUUCAUGUUCUCUAAUGUUAAUUCCAUCCUCAGUUGAUCAA